AGCUCAGCCACCAUCAUGAACGACACAGUAACUAUCUGGACCAGGAAGUUCAUGACCAACCGACUAAUUCAGCACAAACAAAUGGUUAUUGAUGUCCUUCAUCCUGGAAAGGCAACAGUACCUAAUACAGAAAUUCGGGAAAAACUAGCCAAAAUGUACAAGACCACACCAGAUGUCAUAUUUGUAUUUGGAUUCAGAACCCAUUUUGGUGGUGGCAAGACAACUGGCUUUGGCAUGAUUUAUGAUUCCUUGGAUUAUGCAAAGAAAAAUGAACCCAAACAUAGACUUGCAAGACAUGGUCUCUAUGAGAAGAAAAAGACCUCAAGAAAACAGCAAAAAGAACGCAAGAACAGAGUGAAGAAAGUCAGGGGGACUACAAAAGCCAAUGUUGGUGCUGGCAAAAAGUGAGCCAAAAUUUUUCAC